AGAAGCAUGAGAACAAGAAGAAGGGUGACACUAGCGCAGCGCUUCGUUUAAAAAGUGGCAGUUGGUGCUUUGUUACGUACAUAACGACGAUACUUUGCAUUACUUCCAGACACAUUCAGCCGGUGGCAGCCAUGGAGAACUACACCGAGGUAGAGAAGAUAGGAGAAGGCAGAUAUGGCGUUGUUUACAAAUGCGAGGAUAAGCGAAAUGGUCAGAUAGUGGCCUUGAAGAAGAUUCGUCCUGAAAGAGAAGAUGAAGGCGUCCCAUCUACUGCGAUGCGUGAGAUUUCCUUCUUACGUGAACUCAUCCACCCGAAUAUUGUCUGUUUACAGGAUGUGCUCAUAGAAAAGAACGGACUGUUCUUGGUCUUCGAAUUCCUCUCGAUGGACCUUAAGGAGUACAUUGAUACUAUUCCUGAGGAUCAGCAGAUGGACAAGAAGUUGGUGAAGAGCUACAUGAGGCAAAUCCUGGAAGCAAUCCUCUUUUGUCAUCAACGUCGCGUUCUGCACAGAGACCUCAAGCCCCAGAACUUACUUAUUGAUCAGAAGGGUAAUAUCAAGGUGGCAGACUUUGGCCUCGCCAGGGCUUUCUGUAACCCCAUUAGAGUGUAUACUCAUGAAGUGGCGACCCUGUGGUACAGAGCACCUGAAGUGCUGCUAGGGUCUCCCCGUUACUCAAUUCCGAUUGACAUAUGGAGCAUCGGAUGCAUCUUUGUGGAGAUGUACAACAAGAAGCCCCUUUUCCACGGUGACUCGGAGAUUGAUCAACUAUUCCGCAUCUUCAGAACUUUAGGCACACCAACAGAAGAUACCUGGCCCGGUGUAGCAGGGCUUCGAGACUACAAGCCUACAUUUCCCAGCUGGAAGGAUAACAUUCUUGGAAGCAUGGUCACGGAUAUGGACUCUGAAGCCAUUGACCUACUGAAGAAAAUGCUGACCUAUGACCCUGCGAAAAGAAUAUCGGCAAGGGAUGCGCUUGAGCACCCCUACUUUACUGCGUGAUUUGCCAUUUUACUUCAGUAUAGGAAUUCCUGUGCAUUUCAUUGGCUUCCAUCAUCAGUGUGCCUUCCAUCCUUCGUAUGCUUCAUUAAAUGUAGAUAGGUGA